CAUUAACUAAAUCAAUGUAUUUAUUUCGAGAAUCUCGCCAUCCAAACAUGACUUUAGUUCCCUGAGGAUUUCAUCGUUUAGUUAUUGAAUAUAAGCAACAAAGGUUCAGCACCCAUGUGAUGAAUUUUUUUUAUGAAGGCAGCAUGUGAUGAUCGAAUUGAUCGAGACAUUCAUUGACUUGAUUUCCCACUAGCCUUAUUUUGUUAAUUAAUUAUUGUCAUUAGUUAACUAAAUUGAGCUGUCCAAUGGGGUUUCAUUUUUUUUAUUUAAUGAAUGAUUCCAAACUGGAAAAGUUAAAAAAACAACUUGUGGAUGGCCGAAGCUAUUUCGCAUGAAUGCAUCUUUGAGAGUUAUGAGAAGUUAUAUAUAUAUAUAUAUAUAUAUAUAUAUAUAUAUAUAUAUAUAUAUAUAUAUGUGGUGGCGUAUUCGGUCAACUCAAUUUUUUAGGUGCAUUCAGUGCAUUCAUUUCAUAAUCGUCAUUUUAAACAUGCGAUUUAUGUCAAAAUGAUGUCAAUCAUCACUUAUGAUGUGAUAAACAAUAACGCACAUGAAUUUGCACAAAACCAUUAAAAUUGUACUUUAAUUUGAAGGAUUUAGGGUUUAGAGAUUUAGGGUUAGGGUUUACGAUUUGGGGUUUAGGGAUAGAACUCAAAAUUGGAGGUCUAGCGCUUAGGGUAAUCCGCUAAUUAGUUGUUAUCAUAUGUUAUAUCAUCAUAUUAAACUAAUUCUACAAAUUAAAUUUCAAAAUUCGACACCUUAAUACUAGUUUUUGAGUUGGGUGCACUGAACGCACUCAUUUUUGUGACUACAGUCGAAUAAGAAGAUAAAUAUUGAGAUAAGUUGUAUUCCCGGAGAAACCCCAUCAAGCCCAAGCCGUCAUCGCAGUGGGUUUGGGCCAAACUCAUUACGCUCAAUAAACCUGAACCAAAACUCUAUUGCGGUGACUUCAGGUACGAGUUAAGUUGGGCUGGACCUGGACUGAUGGUCAAGGCCUUUAUUCAUCACUCUAUAAUUGGCAACUGUUAUCAUUGGUCGCCCUAAGGACUCUACGGUCAGCAGUCCACUAAAUUAGGAAUGAAAAAAUAAGGAUCAUAGGUAUAAUAUGCCCUUAUACUAUGUAGUUUUAUCAAACAUGUCCCUCUACUAUUUUUUACAUCAAACAUGCUCCUCUACUUUGGAAAAAUUAUCAAACAUGCCCUUAUGUAAAAUUUUCAUUAAAAAAUGGUCAAUCACAUUUGAACCAAGGUAUUUGGCUAUACAAAAGAAAUAGAACAAUUCUAAAGUAAAAUUAUUAAGACUAUUUUAGAUAUAGGUGUCGCCCAAACCAAGUUUCGACCAUGAUUGAUGGUUUUUAGAUGCAAAUUUUAACAAAAGAGCAUGUUUGAUCAUUUUUACAAAGUAUAAGGGCAUGUUUUAUGUAAAAAAUAGUAGAGGGGCAUGUUUGAUAAAACUACAUAGUAGAGGGGCAUAUUAUACCUAUAACCCCAAAAAUAAAACUUGCAAUCUUACGCAUAGAGAAGAAACAAACGUUUAAUUUGGCCCAAUAUACCAACGCAAAAUGUACCGAAAGAGAUUUUUUUUAUAAAUGGAUUCAUCGCAUCUCAUCUUUCAUUCACAAUGAAACGUGGCACAAAAGGCCUUGACAGUCAUACAAAAGAAGGUUACAAAUGGUAGAGUCCGAAACAUCAAUCUUAUGAAAACCCAAAGGUAAAGAAUGACCUCUACUAGCGAGGGCGUCAAAACACUGGUUUCCCUCUCGGUAAAUGUGGGAAAUAGACACACUUGCCAGUUACGGGCAAGCAACUCCUGGAACCGGUCAAUCAAGCAACAUGAUGGUGGUUGGGACUCUCUCUACUCUGCAGGAACUGGACCGCACACCUGGAGUCGAGUUCGACGCGAACUCGACGAUGACCUUCAUUCCAAGCCAAUUGAAACCCUUCCACAUCGCCUCUCAAUUCUGCUCGGGUUACAGAACAAAUACCCAAGUUCAAAGCAAAAGCUGCAAUGCAAUUUUCUGUGUGAUCUCUAAUCAAGGCAGCAGCUGCAGCAUGGCCUGAUUCAUGGAGGACAGAGCCGAAUCGUUACACCUCAAUUAUCGAUUAAUUAUUUCAGUGCAUCAUUUGCUCUCACCAAGUCUGAAGUCUGAACAGUUCACUUCCUAGUUCCCCCUCGCCACCUUCUCUUCUUCACCAAAACCAACACACAAAGCAAACCAUUCCAUUCUUUGUGAAGCCUGAAGGGGUCGUUAAUGGAAUAACGCGCCAAAAAGGAG